AUGUUCAAAGAGCUUAUGAAGAAGGAAUUUGAAAUGUUGGAUCUAGGAAACUUGUCUUAUUUCCUGGGCAUGGAAUUUCAAAAGUCGAAGCAAGUUCUGGCAUUUUAUGUUUGUGAAUCCAAUGAUUGUAUCAAUCCCUUGAAGACUAUUACUGUUAGUCAAUCAGGCAAAGCAGAUUUUGAAACAAUCCAAGGUGCCAUUGAUUCUGUCUCUGCAGGAAACUCUCAAUGGAUUCAUAUCCAAAUUUCCUCUGGUGUUUAUAGAGAGCAAGUCUUCAUUCCCAUCAACAAACCAUGCAUUUAUCUGGAAGGAGCUGGUAGUCAGUCCACAAGUAUAGAAUGGGGCUCUCAUGACAUUGCUACUUUCUUAACAAAAGCAGAUAAUACAGCUGCAAAGGGCAUUACUUUUACGAAUAUACUGAACAACCCAAUAUUAUUAGAGGCCACUAACAUCACACAAGCAAGAGCUGCUAAAAUUCAUGCAGAUAAAUGUGCUUUCUAUAGCUGUAGUUUUCUUGGAGUGCAAGAUACCCUAAACGAUGACUACGGUCGCCAUUACUACAAUAAUUGUUACAUCCAAGGUGCCGUAGAUUUCAUAUAUGGGCAAGGUCAAUCGCUCUUUGAGGCAAGUACGAUAUAUUUUUCAACGGGAAAAUCGGGUCUAAAAAAGAAUGGAGUUAUUACAGCACAAUAUAGAGAUUCACCAAAUGAUCCAAGUGGAUUUGUGUUUAAAAAUUGUAACAUAAGUGGGACAGGAGGAAAGUUUCAACUUGGGAGGGCUAUGGAUGCUUAUGCAAGAGUGAUCAUAGCUAAUUCUUACCUAUCAGAUGCGGUUAAACCUGAGGGUUGGAGUCAGACAAGAUAUGUUGGGCAUGAAUCAAACCUUACUUUUGUGGAGGAGGGAUGCACAGGACCUGGAGCAGACAAAUCAAAACGUGUGAAAUGGAUGAAGAGCUUGAGUGGAGAUGAACUUGAUAAAUUCUUGAGUCUCUCUUUUAUUGAUGAUGGCUGGAUUUCCAAUUUGCCGACGAGAAUAUUCCAUUAA